GGUUGGUGACACGCCUCCUCUUCAUGAGAGGUGAUUGAUGGAGGAGAAAGAGAGUGUGUUUCUUUCUUCCUCGCUAACAAUAGAAGACCCUGAUAUACUAGUCGAUCCAGAAGAGCAGAGAGCCUUCUACAGUUUUGUGAGGGAAUGCGUGAUUAGUCUCCUCUUGUGCAUGUGUGUGUACAUCUGUGGCUACUCAAUUGUUAAAUAUUUCAAGAAAGCAAAAGAGAGUGGAGCCUUAAAUAAUGAGCAAGAUGCCAUAGUGUACAAAAUAACCACAAUAUUGUGUGCAGUUGCUGUUUCUGUUAGUCUAAGUUCAGUCAUUCUUCUCCCUUCCUCUAUCAUCAGUAAUGAAAUACGUCACAUAUAUCCAAAUACAUCAUACAUCAGGUGGCUAGAUACUUCACUUGUAAAAGGUUUGUGGAAUUUGGUAUUCCUGGGCUCCAAUGUAUGUUUGUUCCUGUUGCUACCGUUUGCUUACUUUUUCUAUGAAGCUGAAGGACUUCCUGGAACAAAAAAGGGUAUUAUGUCUCGGGUGUAUGAAGCAGUGAUAGUCUUACUAAUGUUAGCUCUCUUAGUUAUUGGAACUGUUUGGGUUGCUGAUUCACUUACCCUUCACAUUCACAGCAUGUCCUUCUACUUAAUGGACAUCAAAGGUCUAGUAUUAUACAUACCCAUACUCUAUUCCUGUAUGUCAAUGAUUGGUGUACUGAUUACUAGCAUGUGCACUCCCAUUGGUUUCUCUAAUCUCUUCACACUCCUUGGCACUAUCAUAGUACAACCUGAACUUCAUGUUGAUGUUGACCAG